ACCAGUCUGAUGGCGAGCAAGUCGAAACUCGUUGGUGUUUUUAAACACCGAUUAAAAGUUGAUUUCUCCACUUUAACCGCUCGUAUACUUUUCUCAUAAUUGCGAAUAUCUUGCAAGAAAAUGGAAAUUGGAUAAAUAGAACGUUUUUUUAUCGAACUAGGAUUUGGAUUACGCUCGCGUGUGAGUAAGUAAGUACAGCUUACAAGUAUUCGAACACUUUAGCCGAUUCGUAGAUUAACGAGAAACUAAUAACUAAAAUCAAUACUUAUCAUUUCUUUCUAGAAUUAAGAAACAGUUAAUCUAAGUUAUUUGCUUAGAAAGGAUAGAGUAUCGAAAUUCAAUAUGCGAUCCAUAAAUGUGUCUAUUUGUCUGUGGUAUUUAUUAAUAUUUUUUAAAUAUAAUUUCAUUAUUAUUUUAGAUGAACCUUCCUUAUCCGAUCCGUAUCUUAGAGAGUGAAAGUAAUGAGCCAACGCGUAUCUAUUAGUUUUCCAAUAAUAAAUUUUAUCGUGUUGUAAGAACGAAAUAAUACAGAAUGAAAUCGUUAUUUAUCGACGUAUAAUUUUUACUCGCGAUUCUGUUAUUAAAUUUCAUCUUAUCAAAAGUAAGCAAGUAUUCGGAUACUUUUGAACGGCAGUGUGCCUAUGUACUUUGUUAGACGAUUAAAGUAUCUUAGAGUCGUUUUAACGUCGAACCAUGUAUUUGAUAUUUUGUACGUACUAUUCCGAACAUACUGCUCUGAAUGUCAAAUUUUAACGAGGGUUAAUUUCCAUAUAACGCGUCUGUCUUAUAGGGUUAGCUGUGUUAGUAGAAUAUUUGGGUCAAGCUAAGCAAUUUACCUCAUAAUUAAUCAAAUUUGAUCAUGUACUAUUUUUGUGCACUUUAUGUUUAAGAAUAUUUGAGAUUAUUUGACUCUUCGCGUCGUUAGUGGUGUGAUAAACAGUGAGAUAUGUAUAUCGUGUACAUUGACAGCUCGACGAUCAUAGUUUCUUACGAGGAUAUAACUGGUAUUCGGCCAAAAGCUAAGAAGUGUAAAUAACCAAUGUAAAUAUUCUCAACGCUAUAAUUAUCAUAAUUCAGCGUGCUGCAGCGCGUGUAUAUUACUUUAUUUCUGAAGUUACUUUGUUAUUUAUUUUAUUACCUUCUAUGCGUGCCUCCUUGUUACAGGAAACCUGUUAUAUACCUUAUGUAUAAAUCUUUUCUUUGUUAUAUAAAUCUGUUUAAGCAAAAUGGAGAAAUACGAAAUGUUAGAAAUCGUAGGAGAAGGCAGCUACGGUGUAGUGAUGAAAUGCAGGCAUCGUGAAAGUGGGCAGUUCGUAGCCAUUAAGAGAUUUCUGGAAACCGAGGAGGACCAUCAAGUGCGAGAAAUGACAUUUCGUGAAAUCAGAAUGUUGAAAGUACGUGGUGCAUCGAGCGUAUAGUUGUAUUUGAAGAGAUAUAACGAGGCUGUAUAGUAUUAAUUAACGAUGUCGAUCGACGUCCAAGUCCAAGAUUAGUCAGUAAGAACGAGAAUGAGAAUGGCGCAUGUACUUGCAGCAAUUGUGUCACGAUAAUCUAGUAAAUAUGAUCGAAGUGUUCCGCCAAAGGAAACGAUUCUAUCUCGUCUUCGAGUAUUUGGAUCACACCUUGCUGAAUGAGCUGGAACGUAUCGGAAACGGUCUAGGCUGGGAAGUGUCCAGGCGACAUGUUUAUCAAAUCCUUCGCGGUUUGAGCUUCUGUCAUAGCAGAAAUAUAAUGCAUCGUGAUAUCAAGCCUGAAAAUAUUCUCGUAUCUCCGAACGGAGUGAUCAAACUCUGUGAUUUCGGGUUUGCACGUUUCACAAAUAGUGUCAACGAGUCCUGCACGGAUUAUGUGGCAACAAGAUGGUAUCGAGCACCGGAGCUUCUUGUUGGUGAUGCACGAUAUGGCAAAGCGGUCGACGUUUGGGCGGUAGGUUGUCUUUACGCGGAGCUGGUUACGGGAGAUGCUCUCUUUCCUGGCGAGAGCGACGUAGAUCAGCUUUAUCGAAUAACCAAAGUCUUGGGAAGACUGUGUACGAAGCAUCAAACGAUGAUCAGUCCUGGCAGAUCUAGUCAAAUGUUGCGACACGCAAAUGCGGACGAGCUGGUAGGACUAACUCAAUCGAGUGUCGUUUCGAUUCGUAAAUUAUUUCCCACUUGGAACUCGAUGACGGUCGACUUCUUAUCUCAAUGUCUUCGCAUGGAUCCCGAAACAAGAGCCACGUCUGUAGCGCUCUUACAACACCCGCUCUUCACGCAAAGUAACUUCGUCGACGAAUUCCUCGAACAACUGAGAAACAUUAUCGCUGACGAAGCUGCUAUGAAUCCUCUGACGGCUAAGAAAUUAGAGAAAAGAAGGUCGACUAUGUUUAAUCUGACAUCGAGAAAUGUUUUUGAUAGAUGGCACAUGGAAAUCGUUUCGCAAGAUACAAAGUCGAACGAUAGAACAGCAACUGAAACGAUCGAAACAACACAAUUACACUAAACGCCAUUACUAUUGCACGUAGAUCGCUUACAAAAAGUUCGUCACUUUGAUCCUAUUUCCGUCUUACCAAAUGCAACCUACGUUCGUAAGCUAAAUGGAUUCGUCUCUACAAACGAGUGCACCCAUACAUUACCUUCUCCCGAUUUCAAAGAAUUUUGUAGCUAUACUAGUAUCAACGAUAAGGGGGAAAAUAGUCGUCAAAGAAAAACAAGGUAUUAAGUAAAUACGUGUUUGUAGGUUGUUCGGUUUCAUCAUUUUGUUAAUAAUAAAAAAGCAUCUAUUCGACGAUUUACUUAAUCAUCUUAUUAAUUAAUAAUCACAUGGAGUUGCGUGAUAAGUUCGUUUGCCUUUAAGAAAAAUCUCAGAAAAUGCGAGUAUAAAGUAUUUUUUUAUUUUUCCUACGAACAACUCCUAAGAAUUAGUCACGCUUCGCAAACGAAAUUAAUUUCCCACGAGUAACUGUCAUUUUCUACAAAACGAGAUUCGUCUAUCACAGAAUGAUUCCACAGAUCUACAAAAAAUGGUCACGACGAACAAAAUUCCUUAUCAUGAUAUUUGUUUCCCACAAAGUCCAUAAAAAGUCGUCAUUUCUCACAAUUGAAGAUCAAUAUGUCACGCAAUUAAUAGUAUUAGUCGAAAUUAAUUAAUAUUAAUCAAUACGGAUUAGGAAUUACGAAAAUCAUAUUAGUAGAACUUUCAGACCUUUAUAACUUAUACAUUAUAAAAAUAUUUUAAUAAACGUGCGAUUAAAGUUAA